AGCGCACGUAAGAAUCACUAGAGCUGACCAGCCAAGCCUAAGGAUUUUAGCUGCAUCCAUCUCUUCUUUCAGCUGGAACACAGGCUGUUCAGCUCAUCAACAUGAAAAGCAUCAGUCAACAUACAAGCAAGGUUCAAGGCUCUCAACUUUUGAGAAAUCAGGCAAUUCUUGGCCGAAGUCUCUUCAAACCCUUGUCACUGUAAUCAGCAUUGCUUCCUUGGUUUUGCUUUGGGUAGCUGACUGGUAUUCACUUCGGGAAUGUUCUAUCACAUGGAAAGGGUCAAAAAGAGGAACUGCCCUAGCUUGGACGUGCAGAUACAGAUGCAGGCCAAGCCGAGGAACCGGGCUGAUCUGAUCAGAGUUGUGUCAUAUAUUGAUUCUGGUUGGUGAGCGGCUGUGAGCCAGGUGGUGACUAUCCCCAGAUAUCCCAAGUACUUGUCGAGCGAUCUCGAUGGUUCUUAUCGAUCAACAUUUGAUUUAUCUUCCGAGACUGUCUCAUCUUCCGUUAAUACUCGGGAAAGUCUUUCUCCCUUCCCAAACACAUCAACUGUCUCUAAAGCCCCCUCAGUCAUGGUAGAUUCAGAUACAGCGCUCGAACAUCGUUCAGAGCGAGAUAUACGUUCUCCAGACAUGGAAUACAACUCAUCGGUUGAGGAUUUCCGAGAAUACGAGUAUCCCAACAUGGCACAAGGUGUGCCAGUCUCACUCCUUGGUUCUUCGUCCCCAGAUCCGCUGACGCCUGCUUACAGGGGCUUAUCUAGAUCAUGGAGGAGCUACCAUAUAUGCGCGAUCACUUAUAACUGGUUUCUCCCAAGCAAUGAUUGGUAACCUCUGGGGCAAUCCACACUCAGAGAAUCUCCCGGCAAAGUUGUCGGGUGAUAUGGUUGAUAAUAUCCGUGCAAAAGCUCUUGAUUUCGUUGGUGCUGACCCAAAGUAUUUCGACCUGGUCUUCGUCGCCAAUGCUACGGCUGCUAUCAAGCUCGUUGCUGACGCGUUUCGGGACAUCGGAGAAAAAACCCCUACCAAGGGCUUUUGGUAUGGAUGCCAUAAGGAAGCCCACACGAGUAUCAUCGGGGUUCGCGCACUUACGUCAGGGGACUAUCAUUGUUUCGAAGAUGAUGAGAGUGUUGAAGAAUGGAUCUCGCGGCCUUUUAGUUGCCAGUCCCGAAGAGGAAAGUCGACCAGUCUGGGCUUGUUCGCAUAUCCAGGCCAGUCCAACCUUAGUGGACGCCGAUUACCACAGGACUGGUCGAAAAGGAUACGACAACACCCUCAGCUUCGAAAUGUCUAUACCCUUUUCGAUGCUGCGGCUCUCGCUAUGACUAGCUCCCUCAGCUCCCUGUUCCACGAUCCGAUGGAUGCACCCGAUUUCACUUGCCUUUCGUUUUACAAGAUAUUUGGCUUCCCUGAUUUGGGAGCAUUGGUUGUCAGGCGGGCAUCCGGCCAUAUACUGAACAUGAGGAGGUACUUUGGCGGGGGAACAAUUGCUCAGUUAUCCCCCUCAAAAGAUUCCAGGGUUAUGAAGAAAGUUCCUGGGCUGGGGGAUCUGCACAGAAUAUGGGAUAUACAUGAAGGUGUCGAGGAUGGCACACUGCCAUUUCACAGUAUCUUGGCGCUUGGAGUCGCCAUCGAUACACACCUAAGGCUUUAUGGCUCAAUGGAUAUGAUAUCUCGUCAUUGCUGUUAUCUCGCUCGCUACUUAUAUGAACGCCUUGUGGACCUGAAACACCGAAACGGAUCUCCAUUGAUCGAGCUAUAUGUUGAUAGCCCAUUCAUGUAUGGCGACCCUUCACUUCAAGGGCCAACCUUUGCCUUCAACAUUAUGAAAGAAGAUGGUUCAUAUAUCCCUUGGACGGAGGUAGAGAGGCUUGCCAAUAGCGCUGGAGUAUACAUACGAGCAGGAGGCGUUUGCUGCCCUGGUGGUGUCGCUAAAGCCUUGGACUAUGAGGACUGGGAAUGGGACAGGAUCUUCUCCAGCGGACAUGCCUGUGGUUCAAGUGAGAUGGCAAUCAUACAUAAUAAGCCAACGGGAAUCGUUCGCGCGAGUCUCGGCCCCAUGACGACGAAGCGAGAUAUACAGGCAUUUAUAUCAUUCCUUUCCAACGAGUUCAUCACAAAAAGCGUACCAAUACCACGGUUGCUCGGAACAGCAAAGGAUUUACCGCUACGGGAGAAGUUCCCCUAUCUCACAUCCGAAAAGGAGUUUAGUGAGCGCCACCUUGUUUAUGAGAAUUGAUGUAUGUGUUGAAAGAGCUUGAUGCUUAUCUGAAUUUCCAUCGAGAGUCAACUGAGGCGUUCAGUGUGCAUCGAGGGAGUUUUGUGUGAAUUGGGGUUGGAUGGUUUUUGUGUGUCUGUCUACAUAUGCCACUGGGGAUAGGUCUCAAAAGGGAAUAUCUAUAUUCACCUACACCUUAAUCACUUCCUCGUCUACCGAAGUUAAUAAUUCUAUAUUUCGGGGAGAUAGUAAAGAACAUAUCUUGGUCAUGCUGGU